GGUACCAAUUGGUUCAUCGUCCAGAAUGACGACGAAAGCGGCGGAAUCUAUUUUCUUCAGAUUUGCAACAUCUGGCCUCUGGUCUUCUAAGAUAUGCUGCAAGUUCUGAGCUAUUUCACGUGCUGCUGAUUUAUCCAUAACAAUUUGGUCCUUUUCGAUUUGAGGAAUACGAGUUGAGUUGAAUAGAUUUGAGUACUGAGACAUAUCCAAUGGUGAAUAUACAUACAUUCAUAAGAUAUGCUCCAUACCAUGAUACAGACGAAGGCAAUAAACCAGUGAAGGUUCUAAAUAAGUUUGUGUCAGAUUUUUUGGGAUUCAAAUGAAAAACUUCUGGCUCUAAUAAAUUAGCUCUCAAAGAUUUUAAAAACCUCAAAGAAGAAACAACAAGAUCUGACUACAGUAAAUACAAUCUCAUUUGAUUAGUUCAUCGGCGACGUGGAUUAUCUAAACUAUAGCAGAUGAUGACACGGUGGAAAUCAAAUCGAAAUGCAGUAGAUGGUAAAAAAACAAUGAGCCGGGAUGAAUCUAGACGCUCUAAACGUGGUAGAGCUGACCGUGAUUUUGAGAUGAACCGUGGUUCGGCUAUUUUGAUGAAUGAUUAUGAUGAUGAGCGAACACUAGAUGAGGAGGAAGCUUUGGAAGCUAGUGAAGACACUCACAAUGAGUUGUCACACCUACAAAAGGAAAGUGAUAUGCCAUUGAAAGACCUGCUAGUCAUGUACGGCUAUGGUGAUAUGUCCUGCCAGGAUCCAAAGGCAGAAGAUGAAGAUGAUGAUGAGGACGAUGAUGAAGAUGAUGACGAAGAUGAUGAGGAUGAGGACGAUGACGAUCCAGCUACUUAUGAACCAGAUCUCAAGCAGUUUUAUACCGACAUGGUCAAAGCUGAAGAAAAUGGUGCAAGUGUGACAAGGCCGUCGAACGAGAAACCUGAAACAGCUAUAAACGCUGAAGCUACAUCUCUUGGACCCAACGCUAAUGCACACACAACAUCAGGGAACGUUGAAGCGAAGGCAGAAGACGGUGUUACUCCAAGCACGGGGAUUCUGCUGAACAAUAGCCAGCCGGGAGAGGUCGGGUCUAGCAACGACAACCUGAACAGCAGUAGCACAGCUUUGGAUCCUGUCGGCAGCGGGAUCGGAGGAGGUGGUGGUCCCGGUGGUGGCGGUGGCGGGGGAGGCUCAUCUAGACUAUUGCGCAGUGUCUCUCGGCCUCAAAGCGAAGAAGAGGAGGAUGACUGCGAUUAUAGCCCAGACGAGGAAGAGUGGAAGAAGACUAUAAUGGUUGGCAGCGAUUACCAGGCUGCUAUACCCGAAGGUCUUUGCAAAUACGAUGACGCGUUACCUUACGAAAACGUCGACAAAAUGCUCUGGGAUCCGUAUCCUAUUAGCGAGGAAGAAGUCGAGGAGUUUCUCGGUCGGGCUCAGCUUCCUGUUGUUAAAGGUGGUGCUGCUCUACCUGGUGGCCACCAUAUCAGAGAUGAUGAACAAGCCUUGUAUUUGCUACUUCAGUGUGGUUAUAAUCUCGAGGAAGCGCUCAGGAGACGAAGGAUGAAUGUUUUGCCUUCUGGCGAGACUGUCAGUCUAUGGUCUGAGGAGGAGUGUCACAAUUUCGAGUCGGGCCUCAGGCAUUACGGCAAAGAUUUUCACCUUAUUCAAAAGAAUAAGGUGAGAACGAGAUCGGUUGGUGAACUCGUGCAAUUUUAUUACUUGUGGAAAAAGACCGAAAGACACGAUAUUUUCACUUGCAAGGCCCGCUUGGAAAAGAAAAAGUAUGCUCUUCAUCCAGGUGUCACUGACUACAUGGAUCGCUUCCUGGAUGAGCAAGAAGGCGUACGCGACAGAAGUAGCUCGCCGAACGUUCACUGUUUGCUGUAUGGCGACGCGAAGCGUCAAAGAACGAGCAACCCACCAUCGUUGAUGUUAGACGAUGCUAAGCCUGACGAUUUGUCAUCACUGUCGAACACCGCGGCAACGACAGCAAUCAGUGGUAGCACAACUACGUCUUCGUCGACGACGAGCUCAGAAACGACGACGACGACAACGAGCACACCGCAACGAUCGAGUUCACCAUCAAGGAAAUCGCAUCGAUGAAAGCUAAAGGUGUACUCACGAUGAGAGUUUCUCUGAUGCUCGGAUGAACGGACAGCCAGAAGAUAGGCUUCAAACUUAAGGCGGCGAUUAGAGAAACGAGUGACUGGAUCAGAUCGGCAGCAACUGGAUCGGCCG